GUACAAGUCAUCCUGUAUUAUAGGACCAUCAGUAUAAAAGAUCCUGUACUUUAAAACCAACAGUAUCAGUCAUCCUGUGUUAUAGGACCAUUGGUACAAGUCAUCCUGUGUUGUAGAACUAUUAAUAGAACAGAUCCUGUGUUUUAGGACCACAAGUACAAAAGAUCCUGUACGUUAAGACCAACAGUACCAGUCAUCCUGUGUUAUAGGUCCAUCAGUACCAGUCAUCCUGGAUCCAGAUGACAUGAUAGCAGCGUGUGAAACCCAGGAUUUCGUGCCAUUUGGCCGAGAAUACAUACAUCAUCAUCCUGGUCAUUUUCAGCUGCAAGUUCAAAAUACUAAACAUGCUGAUCAUGGUCUUCGACUUCUCAAAUCAUUUCGAGACUCACCUCAUGAAGUUGGCAAGAAAGAACAGUGGAUAUUUCGAUCCCGUGAAGAUGGAGAAGGAAAUAAAUGUGACGAGGAACUGUAUGUCAGUGGUAGAACAGUUGUCUGGAGUCAAGGUGGUCAAAACGGAGUCCGUAACAUCAUUAAAACAUUUACUGUUGAUUCACCUGUUGUACAGGCUUUAUGGGGUACGUUUGUACUAAGUGGAACAGAGAAAAGAAACACGACCUCAUCAAGUCUUGAACAAACAGGCACAGUUCAGAAAGGUAUUUGUGUUAUAGAAUCCAGUACAUUGAGUUUUUUCCAAGAAAAAGGUGGUGAUUAUUUGACGGCAUUACCUUUCCAGGUAUCUCAAGCAUGGACAAUGAAGAAUGGUUUACUAUUUGAACGAUGUCUAGCACAAGCAGAAUAUUCUGCUCCUAAAAAAAAUGCUCCUAAUCAGACUAUAGUAUUCAGUAUGUUACAUCCUUUAGAUGAAGUAGCACCAGUUAUAACCGUUACAACAGGAGCUGGAGGAUGUCCUAAGAUAAGCUAUUUUACAGACAACACGCAGCAUAUUAUAUUUACAAAUCUGGAACCAUCACUAGCAUUUACGUAUGAUACUAUGUUAGGUUUACAUUCAGCUUGGAAGAUACGCAGAGCUAGACAAGAGGAAUGUGGGACGUUGUCAGCAUUGGUAGAAAAUGUUAGUUUUUGUCAUUUAAUGGCAGCUACUCCAGUGACUGGUUUGAAUCAAUCUAGUAAUAGUACAACACACUCACAUUCACAUUCACGAUUCCGAGCCAGUCCCUUCACUAAUUCACCAAAUGUUUCUCCACUACGUACAAAAUCUGGUAAACUGACCUCAUCUUCAGCAUCAAGAUCACCAAGUCUUCGUGCUAUGGCAGCAGUCAGUCGAAGUCAGUCACCAGGAAUGGGUUCAAGUUCUGUUCGUAGAUUUUUAUCACCGAAUCCUGCUAAUAAAUCAUCAAGUCUUUCCAUGCGGACACCCAGCAAACGUCAGGUACCUCUGAUAGGUGUUAAUAGUUUCUCAGAAUGGUCGGAACCGUUACAACCUGAGGUGUGUUUUGAACAUUUGUGGACUGAGCCAACUCCCACUAUCAGGGAUGGAAGUUUAGGUAAAGCCACAAAAGUUUUUUUAACCAAAGAUAUGUGUGGACAACAAUUUCUCUGUUAUCUUAUUCCAUUUAAACAACAUUUAAGAUUAUUAAAAUUUGAAGAGAGUAAUGAUUUAAAACAGCUGAUAUUUGGUAGUUUGACAAUGUUACCUGCUAAAGAUGCUACUCCAAUACAGAGUUUAGAUUUAUUGGUGGUAUUGGAGUCUGGUGGUUUUUUAUUUAUAUACAGUGGCACCACUAAGAUUAGUCAAAUACACAUCCCUUUUCUACCUCUUGGUUCUGGAUCUCUAAGUUUACUGCGACCUAUGACCCCUCAAGGAAGUCCAAUUCGUGGCAUCUUUACGUCCAGUCGACCCGCCAGCGCCAUGGAUGCCAGAUUUGAUGAAGAGAUCAGUCAUAUAUCGCCAGUACAGUGUAAUGCUGAAGAUAUUAGUCAGAUGGAGAGUGAUGUCAUACCACCACAAUGUAAUACAUUUAUACAGAAUAUGAGAGAUAACAUAGAUAAUAGAUUUACUAUAGAAUUAUUAAAUGGUAAUUUAUGUAGAACAACUUUACCGCCAUUAACUAAUUCUCCUGGUGUUGACCUGUGUCUGAAGGCAAUAAAACAUCUGUUACCUAAAGAUAUUGCGCUACAAGUGUUGGGUAAAUGGUACACAUCACGUAAUUUACCAGGUGGACUUGGCAAUAUGUCUGAAUGGUCGCUGUUUUAUAAAUGUUUACUAAGCAUGAUGGGAUAUGAUAUAGGUCGCCUGGCUUUGACUAGUAAGCACGAUAUGGAUAGUUCUAUGUCACCUGUCAUGUCUGCUAAACGACCUCGACACACAGAUCAGGGAUCAGAAGAGGAUUGGGACUACUUGGUGAAUUCUAACCAUCAUAGAUUAAGUGGAGAGAGAUGUGAAGACUGUAUGAACUUGACUACAUGCUUGGUUAUACCAGACGGAUCAGUAUACUCUAAACCAUGUAAUAUAAAUACUAAUGCAGUUCUGUUUCUACAUUUUCCGGCUAUCAUGUUAGCCUUACAUUUAGUCUAUGAGGAAAUAAAGCAGAAUGUUUUGUUAGCAGAAGAAUUAAAGGAGUUAGUGCAAUUACUGUUUCAGAUAUCCAGUGAUUUAAAAUGUUAUUCGUACACAGAUUAUUAUUGUCGAGAUUUUCCUCACUUAUUUCACAGUGUUGAUGAUAUCAGUCAACUUACAGAAGCUCAUCUAGGUAAGAUGCAGUAUCCGCAGAUAUUUCCCGCUACAGCCCCUAGUAUAGAACAAUGGAUAUAUCAUCAACUACGAGGACAACCAGAAGAUCCUAUACCUUAUAUACCCCUUGUUACUAAUAACAUCAAAAACAUCAUCUCAUUGUACGCCAUUUUACUAAAUAAGGACAUAUCUACAGAUCAGGCUAUAGAUAAAUGUUUGAGAAAAAUAGCACCAGCAGGUCACAGAGCACCAACAGCAGAAGUAUCUUUAUCACAAAGUUUUCAAUUUAGUCCAGUCACAGUUCUAGCAGAAAGACUUGUACUUUCCAUGACAGAAUUAGGUAUGACAGCGAGAGAUCUGGAUUGUUUACCAGUGGGUGUGGCUCUACCAUUUAGAGAAGCCAUCAUGAACUGUAGAUGUAAUCCACCGUUUGAUUGGCCAGAGAAAGCCUAUGUUUUAAUUGGCCGUGAAGAUUUAACGAAUAGUUUAAUUGUACAGAAGAAACAUGUGAGCAGUACACCAACUUGUAGAGAUGACAUUAAACUAAAUAAAGAUGAUAUAGAUGGUAUGGAAUCCCUGGAUAUGGAGUUGUUAAAGUUACGAUUUAGUGAAGAUCUUCGAAUACAGGAAGUGAGACGAUUGUUACAGACGUCACAACCAGUCAAAGUUUCACUUGUACAAAAACCAGAAGUCAGUGAUCAUGAAUUUAUUGAAGAGAAAGAGAAACAUCUUUAUUGUAUAUGUACGAGGACGAUGGCUCUACCUGUUGGCAGGGGUAUGUUUACACUGUGUACGUAUCAUCCAUUACCUACCGAAGCAUUACCUAUACCUAAACUAAAUCUGACUGGUCGAGCUCCUCCAAGGAACACGACAGUGGAACUAACUCAUAUAGAUACACCAGCAAAGAUGGCAGUAUGGCCACAUUUUCACAAUGGAGUAGCAGCCGGAUUGAGAAUUGCUAAUUCAACACAAAUUGAUUCAGCCUGGAUAACAUAUAACAGUCCUGUUGGGAACGAUAUGGUCAAUGAUUACGCUGGGUUUUUAAUGGCUCUUGGCCUUAAUGGACAUUUGAUCAAUCUAGAGACAUUGAACAUUCACGAAUAUUUAUCAAUGGGUCAGUACAUGACAACAAUUGGGGUGUUGCUGGGUUUAUCAGCGGCAAAGAGAGGAACGAUGGAUUUAGGUGUAACUCGUAUGUUGAGUAUUCAUCUAACAGCUUUAUUACCACCAACCUCCACGGAGUUAAAUAUACCUCAUGAUGUACAAGUAGCAGGUAUAUUAGGGGUUGGUCUCGUCUAUCAGGGAACUGGAAAUCUUCAUAUUGCUGAAGUUCUACUCGCUGAAAUAGGUCGACCACCUGGUCCAGAAAAUCAAAAUUGUACUGAUAGAGAAUCUUACUCCCUGGCCUCUGGAUUAGCUCUUGGUUUAGUGAUGUUUGGGAAAGGAAAGCAAGGUAUGGGAUUAUCUGACCAAAGUAUGGCUAAUAUAUUGUGUCAUUUUAUGACUGGUGGACAAAAAAGACCUUUACCUGGUCCUUACAGAGAAAGAUAUAAUUCACCAAGUUAUCUAAUCAAGGAAGGUGAUAGUGUAAAUAUUGAUGUUACUUCUCCAGGUGCCACUCUAGCUUUAGGCAUGUUCUUCUUCAAUACAAAUAACAGUGCUGUAGCAGAAUGGUUAAAGGCACCAGAUACACAAUUUAUGUUAAAUAACGUUCAGCCCGAUUUCCUUCUAUUACGGACGCUGAGUCGCGGUUUGGUGCUAUGGGAGUCGGUGAUGCCAACACAAGAAUGGGUAUUGAGUAACAUCCCGGAGAUUGUGAGUAAAUAUGCGUUCAAAGAUGGUGUUGAUGUUAACGAUGAUGGUAGCGUUGAUUAUGAAACUAUGAGUCAAGCCUACUGUAGUCUAAUAGCUGGUGCAUAUAUGGUGAUGGGGCUCAAGUUUGCUGGAUCAGCCAAUCAAAUGGCUUUUGAAAUUUUGAUGAAACAGAUGAAGUUAUGUCUGCGUUUGAUAUCCUCUCCAUCACGAGUGGAGCUUGCUGGGAAAUCUUUGGUAGAAAAUUGUUUAUGUACUUUGUUACUGGCGUUAUCAUUGGUUAUGGCAGGAACAGGAAAUUUAGAAGUACUAAGAUUAUGUAGAAUGUUAAGAAAACGAGUGGGACCACAGCAUGUCCAUGCUACAUAUGGAUCUCAUAUGGCAAUCUCCAUGUCUCUAGGGAUGUUGUUUCUCGGAGGUGGAAAGUAUACGUUUAAAACAACGCCAGAUGCUAUAGGAGUCAUGUUAUGUGCUUUUUAUCCUAAAUUUCCUACACACAGUAAUGACAACAGGUACCAUUUACAGGCAUUCCGUCACUUGUACGUACUGGCAGCUGAACCCAGAUUACUGUUGCCAAGAGAUGUAGAUCGAGGUUUAGCCUCGUACGUUCCGAUACAAAUCAGAUUUAAAGAAUCGUCACAGUAUUCCUCGUCUGAUUUGAUAUUUAAAACCUAUGCUCCUUGUCUUCUACCAGAACUCAAUUUAUUAGAAGAGAUCACUAUAUUGGGUCCGAGAUAUUGGCCAAUAGUAUUCCAUGUCGAUAAAAACUGGAGUAUAUUAAAAUCUCUACUAGAGAAAGGUCAAGUAUUAUCCGUCAAACAACGUGCUGGUCAUCUCUCUUACGCAGAAGAUCCACAGGGAUAUAGAAGUAUCCUGGCGAAAUCCCUGACAUCAGAUCAUUCCAGUCAUGGUGCCAGUAAUCCUGAAGUAAUUAAAUCCUUUACGUCUGACAAGAGAAUAACAGCUCUAGCAGAAGUUUUUCUCAGACCAACAUCUGCUCUGAAUUACGAAGCAGUGCAGGAGUUAUCAACAGUGUUGUUUGAAUGUGUAACGCAAGAAAAGCCUGAAGCAAUUUGUUCUCAUUUUAUUCUCGAACAGUUAAUUCACAGGUGUCACAACAGUUCCCAUACAACAGGUGUAAGCCAGUUAAAACUGGUUCUAGCCUAUUAUACCAGUCGACUCCGGAUUUCCAGAAUGAACCCUGAUACACCAGAAUCUCUGUUAGAAAUGGAGUUUUUACUUUGUCUAAAGGCCCAUCUAGAAGACAUUCUUGACGCGUGGCAAAAAGGAAAUAUGGAACUAAUAGUAAACUAUAUACAGGGUAAUAUUAUAAAAGGUGAAGAUAUUGGUAACCUCUCGUCAUUUUUAACCUGGUUUGAUUUUCCUACACCGAGUCAGUUUAAAUCUUUAUCCUGGAAAAAACCAGUUACAUUACCUGUAUUAUGUCGAGAUCUAAAAGGUGUAAGCGUUACCACGACGAUGAGAAUAUUAUCAGCUUUACAAGUGACAAGUUGAUAAUGAAUUAUUACGUCAAUCGAAUAAAACAAUGACAGUGCUAUAGAAAACAUAAAAUCUCAUGACAAUUAUAGUUUGAAAAUGCACAGUGCAUAUCUCAAAAACUCAAAUAUCAGUGCUUCCCACUAGACUGUUAAAAGGUGAAAUGGAUUCAAAUAAAUGAAUUGACAUUUUGGCGUGAAGAAUGUCAGAAAAAAAGUGCUGAAUCUGAUUAUCAUGAUAUUGUUUAAGUUGUAUGUUAUUUUUGUACUUUAGGACUUGUAAUACACAGGGCUGUCAUUUCACAAUUUUGACUGGCUGGCUGUCGAUUUGGACUGACUGGCUGUCAAUUUGACUGGUUGACGGUCAAUUUAGACUGGUUGGCUUUCCAUUUGACUGGCUGGCUUUCCAUUUGACUGGUUGGCUGUCAAUUGGACUGGUUGACUGUCAAUUGGACUGGCUGACUGUCAAUUUGGACUGACUGACUGUCAAUUUGACUGGUUGAUGGUCAAUUUGACUGGUUGAUGGUCAAUUUGACUGGUUAACGGUCAAUUUAGACUGGCUAGUUGACAAUUUGACUGACUAGCUCUUAAUUUGACUGGCUGGCUAGAUUGACUGUCAGUUUGGCUGGCUGCCAAUUUUGACUGGUUGACUGUCCAUUUAGACUGGUUGGCUGUCAAUUUGACUGUCAGUUUAGACUAGCUGGUUGUCAAUUUAAAUGGCUGGCCAUCAAUUUGAUUGGCUGGAGAAUUUACCUUUCUGUCAAUUUGGACUGACUGACUGUCAAUUUAGACUGGCUGACUGUCAAUUUAGACCGGCUAGUUGUCAAUUUAGACCGGCUGGUUGUCAAUUUAGACUGGCUGGUUGUCUAUUUGACUGGCUGGCCGUCAAUUUGAUAGGCUGGAGAAUUUACCUUUCAGUCAAUUUACACAACCUUAAAACAAAAAUUACAGUUAAAUUUAUGGUUUUAUAUGUAAAAAAAAAGGUAACCCUUGCCAAUACAAUUGAUAUUUUCUCUUUCGUUUCAUAAAAUCCAUUUAAAUCUCCGUCAUCCAAUGUUCCAGAGAGUUGAUUAGGGGCUCGUCAUGUGGAUAAAUGUCAAAAUAAUAAUUUAUAUAACAUUUAAACCAAAAGAAAGAUUUGCACAUUUAGCUUUUACAUAAUGCAUCUUUAAUAUCAGAAUCAUACAUUGGUUUUAUGCUAGACUAGAUAUAUUAUUAAUAAUUUUGGUUUUUUUUCGAGUCAAUCUGAUUAAAACAAAGAUCCUAUUUCGUUUCGAUUUUAUAGUUCAAAAUUUCGUUUUACUUGUCUUUACUACCCUAGGAUCUGGAAGAGUUGUUACCAUUGACGUGUUCCGAAUGGUGUGAGGAAUUAUCCAAUGAAACAUUCUGUUAUGGCGUUUAUGUUUUGCACGGAACUGUGGGUAAUCCACUAUUAAACACAAUGCUGAUUGGUUAAUCAAAUAUCUGAUGUCAUAGGGUCAAAAGCCGCUUGUAUGACCUCUGACGCGACUUAUCGCUAAAACCGGUCAGAUCUUCAUGUAGUGUAGGCCAUCGAAAGUAUAAAAAAACGAAAACGAAACGGAAUAUAGAUCUGUAUUUUAAUCAGAUUGGUUUCGAGUUGGUUAAGGAUUGUUUUUUUAAGGUUGUUCUAUGGUUGAAAUAAUUCAUUCCACUUGAUUUGUAUGACUGACAUUCGGUCACAUGAUAUGACAUCCAGACGGGAGCUUGCUGCACACAGUCUGAUACAGUCUAUCCAAAAAUGACAAAACUGACCAAGAAAGACAAAUACUGAUCACCGAAUAUGAUUAACACAGAGAGAGAGAGAGAGAGAGAGAGAGAGAGAGAGAGAGUUUAGAUCCAGUCACAAAUGGUUAGUGUGUGCGCGUUGUAUCAUAAGGUCUGUCAUUGAGUCAACUGGUGUGGUUUUGAUUCCCCAGUUGUAUGUGACAAGGAUUAGGGUCGCCUGUCUAGCCUCAUAGGUUUUCUCCGGGUCCUCCGGUGUCCUUCCGCUGCUAAAGACCCCUACGCGCUAGCAAAUUAUUGAAAUAAAAUUAAACAAUGUUAGUCCCAAAAUGACCUAGUUUGUGUUAAAUGGACAUUAAACCCUCUCUCUCUCUCUCAUAUUAGCCCAGUCAGCGCAUUUUUGGUCAUUUUUUCAGGUCAUGUCCUAUAAAAUCAUGUUUAUCUUGUAGGUAUUAUAUGUAAAUAUUAUAUUGUUAUGCUUUACAGCAAUAAAACUAACAAUUGU